AGGUCCCGCGGGCCCCGCCGCCGCCCACGCAGCCCUCGCGGGAUCCGCCAACGCCGCCCGCGCCCCCCGCCGCGGCCCCCGCGCCUCCCGCGCCAACGGCGGCGCGGGCCCGGGAGAGCGCGGAGCUACCGCUGCCCGCCGGCUGGGAGCAGGCGCGCGACUACGACGGCCGGGUCUUCUUCAUCGACCACAACACGCGCCAGACGUCGUGGAUCGACCCCCGCGACCGGAUAACAAAGCCAUUGACCUUUGCCGAUUGUGUUGGGGAUGAACUUCCUUUAGGAUGGGAAACUGUAUAUGAUAAACAAAUUGGAAUUUAUUACAUGGACCACAUAAAUAAGCUGACCCAGAUUGAGGAUCCCAGAGAGCAGUGGAGGCGCGAACAGGAGCGGAUGCUGAAGGAGUACCUCGUUGUAGCCCAGGAGGCUCUCAAUGCCAAGAAGGAAAUCUACCAGAUCAAGCAGCAGCGCUUCGAACUGGCUCAGGAGGAGUACCAGCAACUGCACAGAAUGUGUGAGGAUGACAGCCGCUCACACGCCAGCUCCUUCUCUGGAUAUUCAACAAAUACAAAGUACGACCCAUACCAAAUUAAAGCAGAAAUAGCAAGUCGUCGGGACAGGCUUUCCAGAUUAAAACGAGAGCUGACCCAGAUGAAGCAAGAACUGCAGUACAAAGAAAAGGGGGUGGAGACCCUGCAAGAGAUUGAUCGUAAGAUGUCAAAUGCUCACAUCAACUAUAAACUGGAUGAGGCCCAGGCUAUAAUGAGCGAGCUCCGGACCAUCAAGAAAGCCAUUUGCACAGGAGAGAAGGAGAGGCGGGACCUAAUGCAGAGCCUGGCCAAGCUUACUGAUGGCUUCAAGAAUAGCUUUGCUCUUACUGACCCUCUGCAAGAGUUUCCUCACCGUCCCGGUGUGCUCGGCGACUCCUUACCGCAACAGUUCUGUGAUGCUGGGUCUCAGACCGACAUCAUUGGAGAGUUUGUCUUUGAUGAUAAAACAAGACUUGUCGACCGAGUCAGACUUAAUUGGCAGUAUGAAGAAGCCAGAAAGAGAGUCUCAAAUAUCCAGCAGCAGUUGGCCCAGCUUGAUAGCGAACCAUGGCCGGGCAUGGCCGAGGCUGACAGGGACCGGCUGCAGCUCAUCAAGGAGAAGGAGGCCCUGCUUCAGGAGCUGCAGCUCAUCGUGCAGCAGAGAAGGCCGCCGGAGGACAUGGUCCGGCUGGAGGAGGAGAGGAGGCGCUUGGAGGAGGAGAUCCAGCGAGCCCGGGCCACAUCUGUGCAGGGUGCCACGGAAAGGAUUCUACUUCAGGAGAAAAGAAACUGUCUACUUAUGCAGCUGGAAGAGGCGACCCGCCUAACAUCCUAUCUCCAGUCCCAAUUAAAAAGCCUGUCUGCCAGCACCCUGACGGUGUCCUCGGGGAGCAGCCGCGGGUCCCUGGCCUCCAGCCGGGGCUCACUGGCCUCCAGCCGGGGUUCCUUGAGCUCCGUCAGCUUCACCGACAUCUAUGGUCUUCCACAGUACGAGAAGCCAGACGCCGAGGGCGGCCAGCCUCUGCGCUUCGAUCUGGUUCCUUUCGACUCCCUGGGACGAGACACCCCCUUUCCAGAGCCCAUGGGCCCUGUGGGCUGCCACAGGCAGAGGCGUUCUCUGGACACGCCCCAGUCCCUGGCAUCCUUGUCCUCCCGCUCCUCCCUGUCCUCGCUGUCUCCCCCGAGCUCACCCUUGGACACACCCUUCCUCCCUGCCUCCCGUGACUCGCCCCUGGCCCAGUUGGGGGAUGGUCUUGAGGUGCCUGGCCUGGGCACCCUAGACAGAUUGCGGGCCCAGGCCUCUGCUUUGGGGGAGGAAGAUUUGCAGGGCACGGCGUCCCUUCAGCCUCACGGAUUCCCUGGGGACGGGGAAGGCCCUCGCGAGCGAGGACCCCAAGUGGCUGCUGCUCCUGUGGGCACAACGGUGACUCUUCGAGAAGACAGUGCUAAGAGGCUGGAGAGGAGAGCGCGCCGGGUCUCUGCCUGCCUGUCGGAUUAUUCGCUAGCCAGCGACAGUGGGGUGUUUGAGCCACCAACCAAAAGGAGUGAAGAUGCUGAAGAGUCGGCGCAUGGAGACUCUUGUGGGAACGAGAGGCCCCAGAUCCACGUCGGACUUCUGCUCGACAGUGCCAGUGAGUGUCUCCUCGUGAACGUGCUCCAGCUGAAGAACUUGGCUGGGCUGGCCGUGAAGGAAGACUGCAAAAUACACAUCCGCGUCUAUUUGCCACCAAUCAACUCUGGCACACCGAACUCUUACUGCUCGAAGGCUCUGGAAUUCCAAGCCCUUCUGAUAUUUAAUGAAGUUUUCAGAAUCCCUGUGCAGUCCAGCACAUUGACAUUGAAGUCACUUCAGUUAUAUGUGUGCGCAGUGGCUCAGCAGCUGCAGGAGGAACUACUGGGCAUUGCUCAGAUUAACCUGGCUGACUGUGACGGUUCGAGCGAAAUGCAGCUGCGUUGGUACUCAGUCCAGGUGUUCAGCAGCGCCGAGCCGGCCCGGGCGAAGGCCAGCGGGCGGCCGCGGGCAGGAGAGAGCGCCGCUGGGGACCCGGGGCACAGCGCCCCCGGGAAGACGGACGCGGUGACAGUGCUGCUGGCGAGAACCACGGCCCAGCUGCAGGCGGUGGAGCAGGAGCUGGCCGAGGAGCGGGUGAAGCUGGAAUACACGGAGGAGGAGAUCCUGGAGAUGGAGCGGAAGGAGGAGCAGGCCGAGGCCGCGUCGGAGAGGAGCUGGCAGGCCGACUCGGUGGAUAGUGGCUGCAGCAGCUGCACCCAGACCAGCCCCCCGCACCCAGAGCCCUGCUGCCUUGGUGUCCACUCCAUCCACGGACAUGUGUGUGCUGGCCAGGCAGACCCUUACAGCCCCGAGAAACUCCAACCCCCACUUCUUAAGGUGGAUAAGGAAACUAACACAGAAGACCUCUUCCUGGAAGAAGUGACGAGUCUUCCAAAAGAGAGGCCCAGCCGCAGGGCCCGCGGGUCGCCUUUUGUUCGGAGCAGCACGAUUGUCCGCUCACAGACUUUCUCACCUGGGGCACGAAGCCAGUAUGUGUGCCGGCUUUACCGUAGUGACAGCGACAGUUCAACGCUGCCUCGGAAGUCCCCCUUUGUCCGAAAUACUCUGGAAAGACGAACUCUUCGCUAUAAGCAGUCCUGCAGGUCCUCCCUGGCCGACAUCAUGGCCCGUACCUCCCUGGACCUGGAGCUGGAUCUCCAGGCAUCGAGGACGCGGCAGAGGCAGCUGAAUGAAGAGAUCUGCACCCUUCGGGAACUAAGGCAGCGGUUGGAAGACGCCCAGCUCCGAGGCCAGACUGACCUCCCGCACUGGGUGCUGCGGGACGAGCGCUUCCGGAGUCUGCUGAAGGAGGCAGAGAGGCAGACAAGACAGACCAAACUUGACCUCCAUCAAGAACAGGCAGCUGAGAAGAUGCUGAAGAAGGCCUCCAAAGGGGUCUGCCAGCUUCGAGGGCAGAACCACAGAGAGCCCCUCCAAGUGCAGACCUUCAGGGAGAAGAUAGCAUUUUUUACAAGACCAAGGAUUAAUGUACCUCCUCUGCCUGCCGAUGAUGUUUGAUGUAGUGCUUUGUACACAUGAAGUAUUUAUCGGCCUGUUUUAUUUUCAUGAAGUUCUUAGACUAGCUAAAUUUGUCUUUAAAAUAUUUGUGCAAAGCUAUUAAUAUACACAUUUUGUAAAAAAAAAAAACGCAUAUAUCUAUACAUAUAUAUUUUAUAAUAGUGACGGCAACAGGGCUUGGUUUUUCCUUGUUGUGAAAUUGACAUCUCUGAAGACAGGUUAUUUUAUAAAAGAUCAACUAUCAUGUUAAAGAGUGUACAGUUUUUAUGCUGUUUUAUUUGACUUAAAGGCUGGAAGACAGAAACAAAGUGAGUUCAGGCAAAUUCACUGUAUUGUAAUUUAUUUAUAGUACUGUUUUUUCCUUGAAGGAAAAUACUGACUUUAAGAUGUAUUUUAAGAUUGAAGUUUUGUUCUUCGGUAUUUGUCAUGCACUAGAAUGGAACUCUGGGGCCGGUUCUGUGUCUGACACCCGAAAUCUGACAGCAUGUGCUAAGCUGGUCACUCUGUUUCUCGCAUGUGCAUUUGUGUGUAUGUGCUACACUUUCACACUCCGUGCUGUGUUAAGACCUCAGCUCCAGUGGCUCAGUCAUAGCUCACAGGCCGAGUGCACUGCAGAGCUCAGCCUCCCAGGUGGCCUGGGUGUUGAUCGCCUCUCGUUUCUGUGCUUUCUUGUGCCCACUGUGCAUCUGAAGCAGGCCACAGAGCCCCGGGGGUCCUAGGCAUUAGCCUGCCCGUCCACAGUAGCCAUCCACACUGUCCACUUCCACCAGGCCACCGCAGCCCCAGCUUUGUCCCUGCUGUCUGAUCGCCACUGAUGAGGAAGGUGCUGGGGGAGCUACUGCCCUGUUGCCCCAUCCUGAAGGCAGCGGCACAUGCGUUUUCAGGGGAUCAGUGAACCCACUGAUGGACGUAGCAAUUUUGACACGGACAUGCUAACCUUUGAAGGCACUUUCUUGUGGAAGGAAGCAUAUUUGGUAACUACAGUGACCCAGUGAAUCACUUACAGGAGAGUGUUCAAUUUGACUUGAAACGCUCCCCACCCCCACCAUAUGGGAGUCUACUCAAUUUUUCUCAAGAAUCUUAGAACUAGCUCAUUAGGAAAGAAAAUUUUUAUGUAAUGAAAAUAUACCAUUAUUCCUUUAAAAUGCCAAGUGAUAUAUUCUGCCUAAUACAUAAUUAUUACCUAUGAAAUGCACUCUCCUUUUUGAGGCCUUGGACACGUCCCCGAGGUGGGUCACAGGAAACGGAAAGGCAGCAGAGCCCUCGCGGAGCCCCCGCCCGCAGCCCCCUCGUGGUGCCGCACCCUUUCAGUAGUCUGUCCCCCGCCCCACUCUACCCUACCUGCCUCUGUACAUUUAUUAAAAAUGAAUUUUGUAAAAACAUUUCAUUGACAUGCAGCCGAUCACGGGCGGUGAAGUCUGCCAGGGCGGUAAGACCGAACACUCUGCUUUCUCACGGCUGUCAUCUCGCGCUAUGUAUUUCUGCCUCUUGAUGCACUUUUUCUUUUUCUUUUUUACCAAUUUCUGUGUGUCCAUACCCACAACAGAGGUAGAGACACAUAAAAUGUGGGUCCUUGCCAGAAGUGGCCUGCCGCAGUGUCGCCGAUGCCCCAGCUAUUGAAACUUUAAACUCCAGAGCAGACUCGCCUGCGGGCGUGUGGAGGGCAAAUAACUUCGGACCCGGCGCCUGGCUUGCAGGCGCGAGAGAGUCCCCUGGACGCCCCGCCUGGCAGCUGUUCUUUAGCAGCUGCAGGAAGCCUUAAGCGGGUUGGUGGGUCGGGGCAGCUCUUCUGCCGACCCUUGUAAAGUAGUAGUGAGGAGUACCCCCUUGCCAAUGUGGGAAGCCCUCCAGUGGGUUUUCAAACCAAGUUCACUGCCAGUACAUGCAGAUUUCUGUUCAGAGUGCUUCCCCGCCCACCCCGGGUUUUAAAGCCCCCUUUGCCCCCCAGAAACAAGUGCAGCUCCUGCUUUGGUGUCAGUCCGAGGCAUCACGCUGCCUGUUGCAGGCAUUGCUCCCCCUCCCGCGCCUGUCGCGUGCUGUGGCAGCUGGUGGGGACCAUAGGGAGUGAUGAAAGAAAAGCCAGACCAGGACGGGAGCGGGAGCGGUGUCCUGCCCACCGCCCCUCUCUCCCUCCCUCCAGCCUCAAAGGGCACGUGCACAGCGACAGCGGACGCGGAGCACCCAGUUGGCUUCUCAUUCACGACUUGAUUUCUCAGCUUCGACUAGUUAAGGUUGCUGCCCUCAGAAAAUAAUCCAUGUGUCUGAAAAGUCAAGUCCUUUCGUCUUAAGGGUUGUUUUCAGCUUCUGUUUUAAUUUGUCCCUAAUUGUGCCUUGUGAUAAGAAAGUUCUGCCAGGUCUGCCACUAGGGUUCUUUAGAAACAGUACAAUGAGUAAAAGGGAAUCUGGGCUUCUCUUCAUCUGAUCAUGGGACUGUCAUCGCUGAAAUAAAUAACCUUUUGUUGUGGUUAAAUUAUACUUAGUAUUCAUCUCUUUUUGUCACUGUUCUUGCUAAUUAUGUCAUUUGUAUUGUUUGAAAGUAUUUCUUCUAUGAAAUUAAACUAGCCUGCCUUUAGAACAAAA